AUGAGAGACUCAAAUUAUAAAUCGGUAUCUUCGAACCGCGCAGCAGUGAGCAUCACAACCAGUCUGUAUGAUCGGAGGGCGUUGGAUUGUACUUCUGAUAAACCUUUGGUCAACUCCUUGAAUCAUCUUACGUUUUUGCUUUCAACAAGUGGCAAGGUAAGAGAGACUGUGUCUACUGAUGGUGGUUUGGAGAGGCUGAUUGAUAUACUGCAAGAAUGUCAACAACCUGAGUCCCCGAAACACUGGGCACUUGUAGGAUGGAAAUGGACUUUGACCUUCCAAAGUUUGGUCUUCAUAGGUACAAGGGGAACCGAAAAAAUAAGGAGGAAAGUGGUACAAGCUGGAAUAAUUCCAAUAUUGGCCACUAUCUUAGAUAACUACCUCUACCAAGCCUCAAAGGGAAACAGUAACGGUAAUUCUAAUGUUACUAGUACCAGUAAGACUCCCAUGAUAGAAUCUGGGCCAGUUGGUAAUGUCUCUCCAGCUGACGCAGUAAUGGAAGAUCAUACAAUUGUAUCUACUGGAAAUGAAAUGAACAUUAACGACUUACCUCUAGAGCUGAAUAGUAUUGACGAUAUUGGUGAAAAUAAAUCAAGUGUGUCAAUACUUAACAAUAACAAUGACGAAAAUCCGCUAAAUUCUCCAACUAACGAUUUAUUGGAUGACAAACUUUCUUUUGCUUCGUUUUUAACUGACUUAAACGAAGGUGCGGGAAAUACAACUCAGGAGCUACUGGAUUACGUGAAUUUAUCGGAUUUGAAUGAUAAUAUCAUCUCCGAAGUUGUGAAGACGCCCGCUAUCAACAAUAUAUUGUCAAACAUGAACAGAAAGAGCAUCUUAAAAGAGUUCAGGCAUUCGACCCAACUGAGAUUGAUUCGCAUUCUUUACCCCAACGUUUCAGUCCAAUUCCCCAGAGUAUUCAAGAACGGUAUAUUAGUACCAACAGCUGAUGAUGUGCUUUGGUCUCUGCAGCUGCUUGCUUUUAUAUCCAAAUAUUCAUCCUUGAGGCAUGAGCUUAGUAAUACCUUCAUCAUCAAAGGAAUGAGCCUUCGUGCAAAGGAAGAAGGCACAAAACAAAAGAACUCGCCACUUCAUAAUAACAUCACCUUGCCAGCACUCGAAAUGGAUGAUGAUAUUCGAAGUGUUUCUUAUGAGGAGGAUAUUGAACAGAAAGAUCAUAUAAUGAUGGACGUUGACGCUGCUUUUGACGAUACUAACCCUCUCAGUGACAUCCAUCAUCAAGGUCUAGCCAAAUCAACCGAUUAUAUCAAAUGUAAAGUUAAUCUCGAUUGUUUGAUACAACACGAGCUGGUCAGGCUAAAGAAAAGAAACUCAGAUCUUUUGAAAGAAGAGCAUGAUGCAUUAACUUCUCAAUGGUGUUAUGAUACUUAUGACUUUUGGCAAGAAGAUGGCCGUAAAUCGCAGGAUCUUGACCCGGCUGUGUUACCAUAUAUGCAAUUGAAUAUUUUUCCUCUUGUGGAGAAGUUCACGAUCAAAUCUGAGUACUUGAAGGACAUUUCAUACUGGUCUGGUGUUAUAAUGAGAAAUUCUUGUCGAAAAGACGAAACGAGGGGUGGUGUGAGGCAAUGUGCCUGCAUAUCCUGUGGAAAAUGGGAAACCAUGCCUAAACAAUUUGCCAAGUGCCGAAGAUGUAAACGAACGAAAUAUUGCUCCAAGGAGUGUCAAUCGAAAGCUUGGGAGUAUCACAAACAUUGGUGUGUGGCAGUGCAAUCUGGUUCGUCAGCUUCUAGUUCUGUUAACCAAUGUUCUUCACAAACUGAGCAAACAUCCUCACAGACUGAAACAGAAACACAGUCUCAAUUAUCAACACAGACACAGGAGAUACCGAGAGAUGAUAGUGUCAAUAUCAACACACAACAAACCAGCGAUGAACAUCAAUUGGAUCAUGGAUCGAUGUUUUUAAGAAGGAGGCUUACUCAGGCACCCCGAUUUAGUUCUCGUCCACUAACCCCAGCAUCCGGUUUGCAAAGGAUCCAGGCUUAUUCUGGUGAAAGUUCUGACGAAUCACAAACAAACGAACAAACUUUGGCCCUAACAAACUUACUCCGCAACUAUAAUUUACAAUUAGAGGAAAUUGAGCGACGUAUGUCUGAAGUGGAAUCAAACCUGGUGUCAACGCAACGAGAACAAGAAGCUGAGGAUUCUACCGAUCAAGAUCUUCAACAAGAUUUGCAAAAUGAAGCACAGUCUCUACAACGAGAAUUGAACGAACUUUUAAGAGCUCAUCAACAGGUACAAUCCUCAUUCGUAUUCCAGCGAACAGCAUUAACCCGUUCGAUAAAUUUUAGUCAAGAAAAUAACACUAGUUCGAAUGACGAAUCGAAUAGUUAG